UGUCUCGUAACCGAGGGUCCCGACGACGACGUAAAAGCGACGCGAUAAAAAACGCAGCCGACCCGCCGUGGCUGACAAUAAUCGUCGCGCGGCCUCGCACUCGAUCCGCAAGCGUGCUCCGUCCCGUCCGUACGCGUCGCGCCGCGGUGAACGAAACGCGCGCUUGACCAGCGCAGUGGGGCUACGUUUAGAAGGCAGCCAUCUUGCAAUCCCUAAUCAAAGAUCCACGGCUAGCGGGUAUCGCUGUUGGUUGUCUGGUUUGCGGCCGGUUAAUAUCCACACACAGUUCGUCAAAUGGCGUUAAAGCGAAUUAAUAAGGAACUUCAGGACCUCGGCAGAGAUCCGCCAGCACAGUGCUCCGCAGGACCUGUAGGAGAUGAUUUAUUCCAUUGGCAGGCAACCAUCAUGGGACCACCCGACAGUCCGUAUCAAGGAGGAGUGUUUUUCCUAACAAUACACUUUCCAACAGAUUACCCGUUCAAACCACCUAAGGUGGCAUUUACGACUAGAAUCUAUCAUCCCAAUAUCAACAGUAACGGAAGUAUUUGUUUGGAUAUCCUGAGAUCGCAAUGGUCGCCCGCGCUCACUAUAUCAAAAGUGUUACUGUCAAUAUGCUCCCUGCUGUGCGAUCCAAAUCCAGACGACCCGCUGGUACCAGAAAUAGCCAGGAUAUACAAAACCGACAGGGAGAAGUACAAUGAAUUGGCGCGCGAGUGGACGCGCAAGUAUGCCAUGUGAUGCGCCAAUCUCCGUUGACUUCGACAUCCAAACACCACCAAGAAACAGCCCCAGCCUAUUGCCACUUACGCAUCAGCACCGAUUGAAAUUAGCUACGGCUCGUAUACUUUUAAACUUAAGCCGAUAUUCGGACCCGAGGAAACCUCAGGCGAGCGUGAACGAUCGAUCCUGUGAAACUUCCCCGGCGGCUCGGAAUGCCCGCGCGUAUGUAAACGACGUUGCCGCGAUGGCGAUCAAGGCGAUCUUUGAAACAUGUGGUGGUCACCCAGCAUUAUAUACAUAUAUACCGAAUCAGACACAACGCAAGAAAACCGAAAAAAAACAUGUCCGCUUUGUUUUUUUUUUUUUUCAUAAUGAAUAAAAGGAAAAAUGGAAGUAUAAAACCGUAUAUACAUAGGCGAGUGAAAGUAGGAUUUGUAUUUGUGAGCCUGACUAGAUUGAUUUCGAAUUAUUGUGCUUAUACGUGAUAAUUGUAACGUUACGAUACACCUACUUUCUCAGUGGUUCUCCGAAAAACUUUUUCGAACUGACAGCACAUCGAUUGUUAGUCUUAACGCAAGUGAGCAAUGUUUGCCCGUCCCUUGAAACGCGAUAUGGUCACUCUUUUGUAAGACUGGGCUAUAUAUAUACAUAUAUAUAUAUAUAUAAAUAUUAUUAAAACUACGUGUAUGCUUUGUUCAAUCAUUAAAAAAAAACACAAGAAAAUUCCUCACACCUGUCUAACAAAUUCUACGAGUAACUCGAAUCUGUGCUUUUGGUUCCUGUGUGUAUGUGUGUAGUAAUUUAAUUAUGCAUAUCGUUAACAAUCGACGGAUGACGACCGACUUCAAGUAAUACCGGCGGCAGUAUGCAAACGCGCUAGACGAAGGGAUCGCGUCCUAUAAUAUAAUUGCGUCCGUGCGCCUCUUCCCUCCUCGGCACCCUGUGUCUGCAGUUUCGCAGGGAUAAUCUGUAGGACAAUUGAUUCGCCAAUUCGUGCUCUGGAGGCGAAGCGGGUCGCGCGAGCGUGCUCGCGAUCCCUCCUUGCGGCUGUCAGUUCUCUCGUGUUCCGAGAUGUCGAAGCGCUUGCGGCAAACAACGAUUCUCGAACGGACGAGAGGGUUGCGAUCGAGUUCUCCGACUGUCGAUGAAAUCUGUAUACGCGGACCUUCCAUGGAGGGUCCAUGGGAGGAUCUCGCCGCAUGAAACUCGAGGAUCUCGAGGUGGGCUCGUCUCGUAGCGGCCGCACAGCGCGUGGAGAGCGCGCCGCCGAGUUCGCGCGUGCGUCUCGUCCUGCGAACGAGGGAUUCGCGUCGCCCGUCGUCGAUCGCGACGUUCUUUUACCCGCAUCGAUACUUUUAACCGCUGUUUCGCGUGCAGGUGUUUUCUUUAAAACGACGACUUUUUAUUAUUUUAUUUUAUUAUUAUUAUAUUAUUAUUAUUAAUAUUAUAUUAUUAUUUAGUUUUCCGUGACCAGGUGUUUCUCCUUUCACCCACAAUAUAAUACCUGCGUACACUUACGACCAUACUGUUCACGUGGACGAGCAUUAGAUUUAAAAGAUUAAAAAAAAACAAGAAUAGAAUCUGUUAAUUUACACACACACACACACACUUGCGAUUUCGAUAUUGUAUCUCCAAUUGUAUUGUGGGCUGUAAAGGGUGAGGCAAUGUGAUUGCGCAUUACUUCGCAAAAAAAUCGAGAAAAAGGAAGGAAUAAACCCUAAAACUGUACACACAAGAUGGAACGGAGUGUAUUGUUGAAUCGCGAGGCGCCGAGUUCAACGCCGACAGUAUGUUUAAGAUUAUACGAAACUACAUAAAACUGCACUGUUCGAUGGUGCUAGCAGUGUGUUUUUUGGCUUCUAAUCAUAGAUAAAUAAAAAUCUGAUUACGUCACACGAGAGAUGCGAUUACUUAAUUAGUACGUAAGCGAGAACGACUCGGUCAUUGCGAGCCACGUGCGAAAGCGCGGCGUCAGAGCGAAGUGUCAUCGGUGUGCGAUCGGUGCUUGAGACACGCGGCAAGCUGAUGGGAGGGGCGGCUGAGGGGAACCUAGAGAAGACAAAAUCUCUCGAUUAGUAUUGUAAUGCGGCGGCCCGCUCUGUGUUUUUGCGCCGACCCUGUCUCACACGCGAACGUGUAUUUGCUGUAAUUUAAUUACGAGUAAAUUACGUCGGAUCUGGUACAUAUAUUUAAAAGUGUUAUAGCCCUCGAAGAGAAAAAAAGAAAAAAAAAGAAAAAAAAUGAAACCGAUUGAUCAUCGUUCACCUCUAGUAGAAGACGAUUCUAUUCAUGUGUAUAAUUAAUUAUUACUACCGCAAUAAUGAACAUUUUUAAUAACU